AUGAUUUUAAAAAAGGCUAAACAUAAUAUACAAAAAUCCAAUUUAAGGUACAAACAGAAAGUAGAAAAUAUGAGGAUUCAAUUGGUAGGCUUACAAUCUGAAACGAAGAAGCUGUCUACUCAUGCAUUAAAUGACAUUUUAAAUAAUAAUAAUAUAAAUGAAUCACAACAAACUUUAAUCAGAGAGAUUUUAAACAGUUGUUUAGUAAAGCCAACUAACAGAAGGUACUCUGAAAAUUGGAUACUUCUUUGUAUUUUGCUUCACAUAAGGUCAUCAUCAAUUUACAAUUUUUUACGAGACCAAGGUAUCUUGCCCUUACCUUGUUCUCGCACAAUUCGCAACUAUUUAGCAAUGGUGAAAUCAGAUUGUGGCUUUGACGAAAAAUUUUUCAAAUUGUUCAAAACUAAAAUGAGUCUUUUAAGUGAUACUGAAAAACACGGCGUUCUCAUUUUUGAUGAAAUUUUUUUACGUGAAAGUAUUAGUGUUGAUACGAAGACGUUGACUUAUUGUGGAUUAGAGGAUUUCGGUAAAGACAAUUCAAAUUUAAAUUCUGGGCAAAAAGCUGAUCACGGUUUGGUAAUGAUGUUCCAAAGCUUGGGUUCCAAUAUCACUCAGCCAAUUGCAGUAUUUGCGUCAAAAGGACCAGUUAAAGGAGUUGUACUUUCUCAAUUAGUAGUUAAAGCUAUAACUCUUCUUGAGAAUGCAGGAGCAAAGAUUGAUGGUGUCGUAAGUGAUGGAAGUUCAACAAACAGAAGGUUAUGGAGUGAAUUUGGGGUCUCUGGUAAAAUGGGAAAAUUAAAAAAUUUUAUUGUACACCCAAUGAAUGAAAAUCGUAAGAUAUAUUUUUUCUCCGAUGCACCUCACUUAAUCAAAACAGUCCGAAACAUGUUAUACAAUAACAAAAUGUUAAGGAUAAGUGAUAAACAUAAUUACAUUAAAUGGGACCAUUAUGUACAAUUACAUGAACAAGAUUUGAAACAAAUUUCGAAAAGAGUUUGCCCAAAAAUAACUAACAGGCAUUUAGUUUUGGAUAGCUUUUCCAAGAUGAAUGUAAAGCUUGCCACUCAAGUUUUAGAAGAAGCUAUGAUCUUCAUUGAUCAAUGGGAAUCUAAUAUGUUAAAUAAUAAAAUAAAUGAAUCAGAUUUCUUAACUAAACAAACUGCUGAAGGACUUCGAGUUACGAUUCAAUCAACUAUAGAUUUAACAACAUAUUUGUUAGAUAUCGGAUUCCAUUAUGUCUUGACCAAUAAAAUGAAUCAGGAUAAAUUAGAAAUAUUUUUUGGUUCUGUUCGACAAGCUACGGGUCCUAAUGACCAUCCUUCAACCCCAACAUUUUUACAGGUUUAUAAAAUAUUAUCAGCUUACUCCAUUUUAAAACCUCCAAAAUCUGGAAACUGUACAAUAUUGGAAACUGCAACCCCCAAAAUUUCUUUGAAUGACAUCAAAGAAGUUUUCAAUGCAAAUGAAUCAUUGAGAUUCAAAAAACUUCAAAACUUGACUUCUAGACUUGAUGAAAUAGUUAAUACUGGUAUGUGGGAAGCUGAUGACAUUUUGGACCAUGAUUACUGCAAAUCAUCAGUAAAAGAGUGUAUAACUUAUUACAUAUGUGGAUAUGUUAGUCGAAAAUUGUCAAAUCAUACAAAAUGUAAUAAUUGUAAAAUGGCAAUUCUUAAAGGAAACUCUUCAACAAUUUCUCAGGCAACUUUAACCAAUAUGAAAUCUAAAGGCGGUUUAAUACAUCCCAACCAAGGCUUUUACAACCUGAUUUUAGCGAUUGAAGAUUCUUUUGAAAAACAUUGUAACAGUGAAGAUGUAUUCGAAAAUUGUGUUGAUGAUGUUUUAGUAGGAAGUGGACAUUUAACUGAAUUCCCAUGUUCUGAACACAAAAGUGAAAUCAUGACUUACAUUAUAAGUUAUUACAUUACGAUGAGGAUGAGACAACACACAGCACUCCAAAACAGAGAGCUUAAAAAAAAAAGUUGUUUAUUAAAAAAAAAAUCAAAAUUAGUUAAACAUUAA